CUCCCCCCCCCAAAUUUUUUGGCUCUGUGUGUGAUGGGAAAGGGGGCUGGGCGAUGACACGUGAUGGGAUCGCCAAGAUUGUAGCAAGGGGAGAGGGGAAUCAAGCUAAUUGUCUAAAGAUCCGCCCCUCCCCCAAGAAAAGUUUCGGCCGGUGCAAAGAAUCACGACCUGAAUUUGAUCCCGAUUUCUCUCUCUAAUCACGGGGGGUUAGGGGUUUCUGAGGUUGAAGACGAUGUGGUUAUUUUCAGAAUUAUCCCCGUAGUUUAUUUUUAUUCUAUAUCACCUAUCUGGACGGCGCGGAAGGACUAAAAGGUCCAAAUUGACUAGCGCACAGCGUCGGCUUCUCCCGUCAGCGGAUCCACACGCGGGGCAACAACACCCAAAUCCGGUGGGCGGACGGGGAACUUGAGGACGGAGGAUGGCGGUGGAGUUCCCCAUCACCUUGCGGGAGCUCUACAGGAACGCCAUCACGAACUGAAUUUCAGAUUUUGGCAUUAGGAGUUGCUAAUAACUCGAAGGGAACAAGGAAAUUGUUGGCUUUCUUCAAUACAUCCAACCAAUAGAUUUAUAUAUCAACCAUGGCUGAGCAGGCAAGAGCAGAUUUUGCAACAAAGCUCUCACUACGGAAAUUCAUGGCGACGGCGCAGCGUGUAACUCUAGAUCAAAGGCAGCUUGCCCGUAGCAUGGGCCUGGAUCAUCUGCUUGACCUAAAAUGUGAUACUCUGCCGCGCGGUGUCGUUCAUUAUCUGGCAUCAAACUUUGAUGUACCCUCAAGGGCUAUUGAACUCCCCAAUGGGUUCAAGUUCACAAUCACACCCUACUGCAUACACCAGGUCCUGGGGAUACCACUUGGCGGCAGAACCAUAGAGAAGAAGCAAAACCCAGCACUUAGAUCACUGAUUGCUCAACAGAAAAAAUGCAAAGGAAACUACCCAACCAUAAACGAGCUGGAUAACUUGAUACAACCUGGGCUAGAUGGAGAUUCAUUCAAAAGGAUUUUCACAAUGUAUGCGCUCACCGUGCUCCUCUGCCCUUCAAGCCAUGGGGCUGCUAGUCCAGAUUACUACCACAUUCUGGAAGACCCUGAACAGAUUGGCUCAUUCGACUUCUGCACGGCUGUCCUUGACAAGCUUGUGGCGUCAAUUGAUAGCUACAAGGCUGGAGCCACAACGGUGCUCGGCGGGGAUCUCUUAACACUCACGAUCAUAUACUUUGAAUUUCUUGACACCGACAUCAUGCCGGUCACAAGCAAGCGGCCACGGAUUUCAGUUUGGACGUCUGAAAUUGUAGCAGAAUAUGAAAGGCGGGACUGCACAAGCAGCGAUAAAUUGCUUUACGGCAGGCUCCCGACAAAGCGUGUCUCGGAAACACCCUUCGGUCAAAUCAACAGACAGCCAAAAGUCACACUAGGUGCCUCGUAUGAUGAACUCCUGCAGUUCACCCUCUCAAUUGUUCCAGAGGAAAACCACCAGAUGGUUUUAGACGAGCUUCCAAAGAUUAUGCAUAGCAUGCAGAGCGAGCUUUUUGAUUCAAUGCAAAAUAGGCUCCGACGGUUCCUUGUGGUAGCCACUCCAGCUUGCAAAUGA